CGCAUGCUAACAUUAGCUCGCUGUUAGCUUGUCGUGAACUUCCGAGCUGUUGUUAGCCAACAUUAGCCGGCUAGGAUAGCUAGCUUGCCAUUGUUUUCAAAACAAGUUGGUUUAACAGCGACAUAAAUGUUGACAACAGGUACGGUGGCAUACAAAACUAUUGUUAACUGUUUAUAAAGCUUAUCUUGUCAUCGUCGGUUCCUUUAAUACAGUGCUGAUUGUGGACAGUGGAUUUUCUCACACUCAGAAUCUUCCACCCCUUGAGUCUGAAGAUGGAGGAAGAUCAUGUUCACUGUAUGUCCUGCUUCAAUCAGAGAUGCAACUUCAGAACUCAACCCGACAUUUCUUGUGAUAUUAUGACCUGUCCUUUAGUGUGUGGGGCAGUAUUUCACUCCUGCAAAGUUGAUGAGCACCACCUUAUGUGCCCACUGAUGAGGGUCCCCUGCCUAAACAGAGACUAUGGCUGCCCCGCCAACCUGGUGCGUAACCAAAUGUAUGCUCACCUCGAUGUGUGUCCAGCUGGAGUGGUGUGCUGCACUAUGGAGUGGAACAGAUGGCCCGUUAGCUGCCUGGACUACACUUCCUAUGAAAGCCUGAGCCGUGGAGUGGAGGAGGUGGAGCAGCUAGACAUGGCACUUGCUCUUCAGGACCAGCGUACACUACUCGAGUCCCUCAAAGUGAUUGCCAUGUCACCCACUGCAGAAGGAGAGCCAUUUCUCCCUGUUGGUAAGGAAAACAGGGAAACAGGCUCAUCUUCGCCUACAUCCGCCCCUGAGGCCUCCACCGUUAUCGAUACAGCUUCACACUCAUCAUCCUCACACCAGCCACAACCUCCCCCGUCAGUUUUGGCAAAGGAGAGAAUUGCCAGUGGAAUUAAUGGCUUGAAUGAGGAGCAUUUCGGUAAACUCUACGAGGCCACAGUGGAGACAGCAAGAAGCUUAGCUGCUGCUUUGGACUUUGUUAGCAAUGCCAACUCUGUUGACAGCAGCACAGAGUGUGUGAACAGUGCAGCUGCUACUCCGAUGAGUACAUUGAGCGACAAUGGAGACCCUAAGAAUGAACUAGAAAUCAAAACACCAGUAGCCGCUGAUGGUUUAAAUAAAAAAGACAUGGAGGUGCAAAGUGUCUGUUCUAGCUGUUUGAUAGGAAAUGGGGCUCUCAAUGGAACAGAUCCAAUGAUUUUAAAACCUGCAAAUGGACGACUGUCGGGAGCAAUGGAGGCCUUUCCUGUUGAGGUUCAAGAUGACAUGAACGCUGGGGUUUCUCAGGAGCCCGUCACCCCUCAGAUGGCAUCUCCGGUGCAUGUCCGACAGGGAGUGGCACCGAGCGCUGGUCAUGUGUUGCUUGAAGACAGGGGGCUAGCUCUUUUAGAAAACCAUGGGCAUGAUCGUAAAUUUCACAACUACAAUUUUUUUAGGGGCCAAGGCCAAUGUUCAUUACCUAAUGGACGGAAAGGUUACUUCCCAGACAGGUCACUGUAUAGAUUGCGACCGAAAAUGGAGGACAAGGCAGUAGAUACCUCAGAUUUGGAGCAGGAUGAAGACCCCAUGGGUCUGGGAGAAAUCGAUCUGAUCACAGCAGCACUGUUCUUUUGUUUAGAGGAGUCCAGAGAGUGUAGAAGGAUCUCUGACAAAGUCUAUGUUGAUGGCUACCGUGUUGACUUUGGCACACAGACUUUCACUUUCCCUGCAGCCAUCUUGGUUACCAACACUAGAGUGGGGGACAUAGCUUCUGCAUCUGCCUGUGACCAUGCGGCCCCCCAGCUUUCCUACCCCAGCCCUUUCCGCACUCUCCGCCUCUGCCUUGUCUUGGAAGCUCUGGAGGUCGAGGCAGUCCCACAUAACCGCUACCUCCCUCCUAACCCUCGCUACCAGCAUAUGUUCCCUUUCGUCUGUGGUCAGUCAUUGCGCAGGGACCAGUUUUCUUCCCAUUUCAUAAAUGUCCAUGGUGACAUUCACGCUGGUCUCAAUGGUUGGAUGGAGCACCGCUGCCCGCUGGCAUACUAUGGCUGCACAUUCUCUCAGCGAAGGUUUUACCCAUCCACCCAGGGGGCCAAAGUGGUUCAUGACAGGCACCUCAGGUCCUUUGGGGUUCAGCCUUGCCCAGGGGCACAACUUCCUGUUGAUUUCCAGUCGGACCAACUUAGUGGGCUUCCCAUUGAGAUAUUGUGGCAUAUAGCUGGGUUCCUGGACAGUUUCAGCCUGUGCCAGCUGUCUCUGGUGUCACGGACUAUGAGGGAGGUGUGUGCCAGCCUCCUCCAGAUAAGAGGCAUAGUGGAGCUGCAGUGGGAGCGAAGACGUUGCCCUGGUACCCCUGGCACUGUAUCAUGGCAAAUCAAAAAUAGAGUGUGGAGAUUCAGCACUGCCUUCAGCCCGGUGUCAUCAUGGGGUUUCAAUGAUCUCCCCAGCAUGUCGAACCAUCUCAAGAAGUGUCACUUCAACACAGCAGAGCACAAGACGGAGCCCGUUCCCCUUCCUGCCAUGUGCACUGCACGAGAUGGACAGUCGCUGCGCCGCGUCCUGCGUCACAUUAACACAUGACUCGACGCGGCUCGCCUCUUGCUUCUGCACGGGAGUCACUGUGGGAAUAUGUGGAUGUUGCAAUAAUAGAUUUUCUGUCAUUAAAACAAAUAAUUCUAUCUGUAAUUCACUUAUGAUGAAGCCUUAAAGAAAUCACACCAUACUUUUCACAAUGAAGGUCUGUGUUUGUGGGUGUCCCUAUGAUGAGAAACAAAUAGUUAGCAUGGAUUUGUGCUGAAAGUUCCACUUUAUUCUGGUUAGAUGAAAAUAUAUAUAUAUUUGAAGACAAAUGUGCACAAUAGAUUGAUAUGAUUCUGUAAGAUAUACUGUAUAACUGUUUGCCUUUGAGUAGUAGCCAUUGGAGAAAAGCAGAUUGUUGGUUAUGUUGCAUUAUCUGUGUUACAGAAGCUUUGCCAGCACUUUACACAAGAUUUGUUAAUCCUUUCUUUGUUGAUGUGACCAUAAAUGUUCAGUCUUUCUGAUCCCUAUAGUGGUAAGUCAAAACAGAUGGAUAUUAAUGUGAGGACAGCCUGACAACACAUGUGAUUUACUACCAUUUAAUAAAGUCUUUAUAGCCUUCUAAGUAUUUGUUGAAUUCUUCAAAUCACUCCUUAGUUAUUCAAUACACAAUUUCCUUGUUCUACCUUAGUAAAAAGAAAAUAUCUUAACCUACCUUUUUAAAUAUUUUUUUUCUCUGUAAAAUGAAAAUGUUAUUGUCUUGCUUUAUAUGUGAACAUCCAAUUUUCCAUUUGAAAACAAACUGAAAUAUUUAAUAUGAUUAAGACAUAGCAUUGAACACAUCCACAUUUCUUCUUACAAACUGACAUGCCGUCCAGUUUCAACACUGAAUGGUGACAUACCUGAUCUCAGCUAGUUACAUAAAGACAUAUUAUCAUCCCAAACAUUGACAGUUUUGGUAAUUGCAUGUGUUAUCAGCCAAAUCUUAUUACGUGGCUCACAGAUUCUCUGAAAAUAUAUUUCCAUUAUUCUGAAAAAAGCCUCAAACCAAUGUAAAUGUGGUAAAAACUAUGAACAUUAUGAAGAAUCAAACAUGUGAACAUUACAUUUGAAUAAAGCUUAACCCGUUAA